UGCGAAAAUUACAACGUGCCACGAUCCGCCAAGAAAUCCGGCGAAUUUCGAGGUUGUUUUAACUGAUUACUUACGCGCUCACUACCUCAGCGUUACUUUACUUUAACAUGCUGAACUGCGUCGCUUUCCGGGCGCAGCUUUCCUCUGUUAUGGGGGUGCUGUGUCAGGCCGCCGUGGCGGAGGUCUGCAAAUUGGUGGACGAGGGGUCGGCCAGGCUGCGCACGGAGGUGCGCAAGUGCCGGACCGAGAACCAGGAGCUCCACAGGAAACUGAGGAUCAUGGAAAUGGAGCUCAGGAGCGCGCGGCAGCACGCGCUGCCAGGCGGGGCAUCGGGGGUAGGGACAGGUGCAGGAGGAAGGGUAGGGAGAAUCGCUAUCGGUGGAGUCAGCAGGAGAUCAGUCUCUGUUGGCGUGCAGACGACUGACCCCCCGAGGACGGUGGAAACAGGCACGGAGAGCUGUGCCGUCGCUGAAAGCUGUCCCACCAUAGAGGGUGUCUUUGGGAAGGAAUGGUGCCUUGGCCUCUGGGGAGAUGGAGACCCCCCAGCUGUGGAGCUGGAGGACACUACAGUGGGACAUUCCAGUGUUGUGGAUCAGUUACCAGCUUUGAUUGACAGCCCUUCUGUCAAGGAUGAGAUGUUUCAGAAGAGGAAGUGGUCCAGCGACUGUAAGGAAAGCUUGGAGAUGAGUGGGCAGAGUCUGGAUAAAUUCAACGACGGUCCUGGAGAAAUGCCAAACCAUGGGAAGGUCGCCACUGAGGAGCAGCCCACUGCGGAGUCUGCAGCUUCUGAAUGUCUGGAACAGCAGGACAUCCAGGUGGUCACUGUGGGACAGAAGGAAUUAGACCUGCAGGCCAUGUCUGUGGAGAACAUGGCAGAGCCCAACACCCAUAGUGAAGACUCUCUUCGGUGUGUUCUUGCUGCAGAACCAAGUGGCGCCCAGCAAAGCAGUGCUGGCAGGGGGCAGAAAUAUUUUUUCUGCUCAAUCUGUGGAAAGGGUUUCACCUACCUUAGUUACUUUAAAGUGCAUCAGCGAAGGCAUUCUGGAGAGAAACCGUACAGCUGCACGUUGUGCGGCAAGAGCUUUGCUCAGAGGACGUACCUAACUUUACACCAGCGCACCCACACGGGCGAGAAGCCAUACUGCUGCGCGGACUGUGGAAAGUGCUUCACGCAGAAAAGCUCGUUGAACUCGCAUCGCCGAAGUCACACGGGACAGAAGCCUUACAGCUGCGCCGAGUGCGGCAAAAAAUACGCAUAUAAGCAUGGCCUUAACCUGCACCAGUGUUCAGACAGGGCAUGGAAGAACACUAGUUAGUCGUGUCUGACGUUGCGUGAAGUUCUACGGGAAUACCUGCCACAGAAAGGGUUCAGAGAUGGCGGUUCUCAUUCAGCAAUACACAGCAGUCAGAGAGAAAGAGAGGACGUAUACACGCAGUUUGGCGGAAGAGCCGCGGUGCCGUGGACGCGUGGCUCUGUCAGUGCUGUAGGUACAUUUCUCUAGAUUUAUCUGAGAUUUAAGUUCAGAUUCAGAAAGAAAACCCUAAAACAUGUGUAUCAGUACACUGGUAGUAAUAUUUAACCUCACUUGUUGUGUAAAAGGCUUAGGAUUUAAGUUAGGUCCUAGAAUAGUAACAAAGGUUUAACUGUAUAUAAAAUGCAUGCGCCACCCUUAUUUUAUCCUUUAUAAUCUUGUGACGACACUAACGCGUUCGGAGGCCACUGAUGAGCCAAUUUAUUUCCAGUACUUCAGUGGUUCUUGACCCUUAGUGUGGGGUUUUUCUGUCAGCCCUGGCUCUUGCUCGCAGCUGAACGCUCCAGAUGCGUUUUAGCUGAUGAUGGGGUAGUAAAACUGAAGCAACGCCGAAUAAAUGAAUUGUGAGCCUCGUGGAUUAAUUAGUACUUAAAUUUCUUUGUUGUUGAAAGCCUAAGAAUGAGUAAGUACAUA